UGAGAAAUAUUUCUGUCUGUGAUUAUCUUCCCAUUCUAAAAUGUUUACUCAAAAAGCUUUGGAAGACAUUCGUGCCAUUGAUAUACAAAAUGCAAGUAAUAGUGAAAAUCCUAUGAAUGACUUUAAAGUUGAAAUUGGACCAACUGAUACGAUUUCUGCGCUUGAAUUUGGUCCAUCCGUGUUACAGAAAAAUUUACUCUUGGCCGGCGGUUGGGAUAAUACUGUUCGCUGCUGGGAUGUGAAGCAAAAUGGUAGUACAGUUGCUAAAGGUAUGAAAAACUUAAAAGCACCGGUACUUGACGUUUGUUGGACAGAUGUUGGCGAUAAGGUUUUUAUUGCAUCAACAAACACACAAAUUAAAAUGUGGGACUUGGCUUCCGACAAGGUGACGACAGUAGGUACACACGAGGCCCCAAUUAAAACAUGUCAUUGGAUUAAGAGCCCAAACUAUUCUUGUCUUAUGACUGGUUCUUGGGAUAAGACCUUAAAAUUUUGGGAUCCUCGUGCACCAAAUCCAAUGCUCUCUCUUUUGCUGCCUGAACGUUGUUAUUGUGCUGAUGUGGAUUAUCCAAUGGCAGUUGUUGGAUCAGCUAAUAAAAUGAUUUCUAUCUACUCACUUGAAGGAACUCCAACUUUAUACGCUCAAGAGGAAAGUCCGCUUAAUAGUCAAACUCGUUCUAUAUCCGUUAUUAAAUAUGAAAAUAUUCCCUCAGGUUAUGUAGUUGGUUGCAUUGCAGGACGUAUGGCUUUGCAAUAUGUUAAUGAAAAGGCAAGACACUUAAAUUACAAAUGUAUGUGUCAUCGUAGAAUAAAUCAAUCUAGUGUUAUUGAUGUUUUCGCUGUUAAUGACAUAAUAGUUCAUCCGGUACAUGGUACUAUCGCAACUGUGGGUUCGGAUGGAACAUUUUGCUUUUGGGAUUUAGAUCAACACACACGUUUAAAAUUAUCAAAAACUAUGGCAAUGUCAAUAACAAAAUGCGCCUUUAAUCCCAAAGGCGAUAUAUUUGCUUACGCUGUUGGUUACGAUUGGGCACAGGGAUAUGAGUUUUAUGAUCCAGUUAAAAAACCAAAUUUGUUCUUGCAUGCGUGUUUUGACGAAACCAAACCAAAAACUUCAUAAAUUAUUGUUUAGAAACUCUUCUAGGAUGUGGAUUCGAACUAAUAAGAUGUGGAAGAAAUUAAAAAAUUU